GCUGGGGCAGGGCGCGCGCGGCCGGGCUUCCUGCAGCCUCUCGCUCCUGCUCCGUCCACUCGAGCGCCAGGCGCCGCGGCUCGCACCCAUCUCGUGAGGCCCCGGGAGGCGCCGGACGCGGCCACCGAGGAGAUGCCCGAGUUCCUGGAGGACCCGUCGGUGCUGACGAAAGACCGGCUCAAGACCGAGCUGCUCGCCAACAAUGUGACGCUGCCGGCGGGCGAGCAGCGCAAGGACGUCUACGUGCAGCUCUACCUGCAGCACCUCACGGCGCGCAACCGGCCCGCGGCGCCGCCCGCGCAGCCCCCGCCGCCGGCCCCGGCCACCAACAGCCGCGCGCCCCCGGACUUUUCCAGCGACGACGAGCGCGAGCCCACGCCGGUGCUGAGCGCCGCGGGCCGCGGGCGAGGAGGAGGAGGCGCCGCCGCCGGAAGGAAAGCCACAAAGAAAACUGACAAACCCCGAUCAGAGGAGAAAGAUGAUCUUGAUGUCACUGAACUCACAAAUGAAGAACUGUUGUCUCAACUCGUGAAAUACGGAGUAAAUCCUGGCCCUAUUGUGGGAACGACCAGGAAGCUAUAUGAGAAAAAACUGCUAAAACUGAGAGAACAUGGUCCAGAGUCAAGAUCUUCGACACCUCUGCCAGCGGUUUCUUCGUCAGCAGAAAAUGCUAGACAGAAUGGAAAUGAUGACUCAGAUAGAUACAGUGACAACGAAGAAGGGAAGAAGAAAGAACACAAGAGAGUGAAGUCCACUAGGGAGUCUGUCCGUAUUUCUGAACUUCCAACCUCUCCCUCUGGUGGAUUUUUUCAGGCAGUUUCUUUUCCUGAAAUUCGUGCCCGUCCUCCCUUGGGCUGGACUGAAUUACAGGCAGCUAAAAGAGGACAUAGCUCUAAUAGAGACCCAUUCAGGGAACCUCUGAAUGCCUCCAGCUCACUUGGCAUAGGACAAACAGAAAAAGUAGUUUCGGGGGAGGAUCUUUUCAAUUCUCCUAAGUAUGGCCAGGAUAGAUUCUUGGGGAGAAGUUCAUUAUCUUCUUCCCAGUCUGAACCAUUUGCCACAUUGGCCUCACCUGCAGCUACGCUCUCAUGUUCUCCUUCUCUUAAAGACCCCACUCCCAAGAGCCUCAGAGACCACUUAGAAAACCUUUGUGGUGGAAAUAAGUGGGAGUUUGGUUCUUCAUUUACCGAGAGGGCAUGCAGUCUCGCACAGUCAGUUCUCUCCCAAAAUAGAGAAAAGCCAGACAUUUUAGAGAACUCACAAGUAAUUACUCCACCUCUAGCUCAAGCCAUCAGAGAUUAUGUAAAUUCUCUGUUAAUGAAGGCAGGGGCAAGUAACUUACCUGGAAUUUCUAACCCCAGCUCAGCCAGUGUGGAAAACCCACAUAAAAAGGUUGGCCGGUCUCACUUUCAAGAAACUGAAUCCAUGUAUUCUCCCAAAAAACUCCCCAGACUGCAUGAGACAUCAGCAAAGGAAGGGGAUUCAGGUUCUCUUCUUGCUCCUCAAGACAAUGCAGCACCUUCUGCCUUUGCAAAGGCUGUUAUUUCUCAUUCACUCAGUACCUUAGGCAUAGAAACACCUGAGGAAUGUCAGCAUGACACAAUCAGCCCAGAACCAUCUUUUCCCCUCCAUGAAUCUAUUUUAAAGGUAAUUGAUGAGGAAUGGAGUCACAUUGAUAAGCAGAUCCCUUCAAUGGCAAGCAAAUACCCAGUUUCUUCUAGAGAGACAUCACACAUGUUGUCAGUUCCCAAAGUGGAUGAUGAAGUCCUAGAGUUGGCUUCGGAAGUCACUUCCCCAGCAUCCAUUCAGGCUUGCAAUAAGCAGCUUGAUCUUGCCCUUUGUAGAACAUACGAAGCAGCAGCAGGAGCGCUGCAGAUUGCAGCCCAUACUGCUUUUGUUGCUCGGGCCAUACAAACAGAGAUUGGUCAGGUUGCACAGAUUCUCAGUUCUGAUCCCAGUCAGAUACCUGAGGCACUCAGGACUCUAAGCAAAACUUACGAUGCAGCCUCAUUUCUCUGUGAUGCUGCCUUUGAUGAAGUGAGGAUGGCUGCCUGUGGCAUGGGAUCUUCUACUGUGGGGCGUCGGCACCUCUGGCUGAACAGUGACAAAGUUAGUCCCACUCAUAAGAAUAAGCUGUCAGUGCUUCCUCUCAAAGGGGGAACACUGUUUGGAGGAGAAGUGCAGAGAGUUAUUAAAAAGCGAGGGAAGAGACAAUGAUGAGGUUGUAGGGAGAGAUCUUUCCCAUGGUGAUAAGGCAUGAAAAGCCCUGGAGACUUGGCUAGCAAUUUCCAAUUGAUACUGGCCAAGCUCAGCUCAGUCCUUCCUUUUUCUUUGCAUAGAUAAAAACCAUAUUCCUAAAACAUUUAGAACAUGGGAGUUGGCAUUUUUAUGGUUUAGGGUUUACAAAGUACUACCAGUUAUUCCUUUCAAACUUUGGUGCAUUUUCUUCUGUACUUUCCAUUUGAGGUUCUAUUUCGGUAAGAUUAUGAAACUUUUAAUAGAUUAUGAGUUUAUCGCCUUUCAUAGUUAUGUAUACAUUUUGUACAACUAAGAAGCAAAAUAAAAAUCUUAGGUGCAUUUCAGUACUUUUAAAGAUCUGUCGUUUCACUGCGAUCAGUAUUUUUUUUUUGCCAAAGCAAAUUUCAACAUAUGCUUUAAUAGUUAUAGUUGCCAACCUUCUAAAGAAGUCUUCUCCAGAUUUUAAUUAUCUAGUCCUAUGAUACUUGUUUGUCUCUGGACUGUAUUAGAAGUCUUACUGCUUUAUCACACCAUGCACAACUUGUACAUCAUUAGGAUAGCUUUGGAGAAAUCAGACACCCUCUUCCCCUCCAGUCACAAGGAGACAUAUGAAUUGGAAUUUAAUGUUAAAUACACACACACACACAAAAUGGAGAGUUUUUAUUCUCAGAUAUCACCUGUCUUCAAUACCUCCCGGUUCCCACAGCCUCUCCUUCCGUUCCUUUUAUCUUAUCCCCUUGUACCACAGCUGGCUUACAAGCCCUUUCCUAUCACAGAAGAAAAAAA